AUGAGAAGCACAGUCCAUCCUCUUCUUGUUGCGGUGGCGGUGGCGGUGAUGAUCCUGUCGCCGUCGCUGUGCCCCGCAGCCACUGCAUGGGGCAUCUUCUCCUCCUCCCCUAAACCCACGGGCCAGACCGUCGCCGCGCCAACGCUGCCGGACGACGGCGGCGACGGCGGCGGCAGGAUGGUGGUCGACUUCUCGAUGGAAGGCGGCGGCGGCGGACCGAGGGGCGUGGAGCUGCUGGACGGCGCGCGGCGCAGGAUCGCCGGCCCGGCCUCCUGCUGGGGCGAGGCGUACCGCGGCCUCUUCGCCAGCUGCGCCCACAUCAUGGCCGACAAGGAGCGCCAGUCGAGGCUCGCGUGGCGCCUCAGCGCCUGCUACCAGCAGGACUCCGGCCGCCCGCCGCUGCCGCCCUGCGACGACCGCUCGCGCAUGGUGCACUGCCGCAAGCGCCUCUCCGAGCACGAGGAGAAGGUCUUCCUCGAGUUCUUCCUCGAGACCAACACCCUCUGCCACCAGCUCCAGGCGGAAGCGUUCAAGCAGAGCACGGAGCGGCUGGUGAACGACCUGACCCGGGCGGCAGCGGCGGCGAGCGAGAAGCUGUCGGCGAUCGAGGAGAGGUCGGACCAGAUCAUGCAGGAGUCGAGCAAGCUCCAGGGCUCCAUGUCGUCGAUCGUGUCGCAGACCGAGAACCUGGCCGCCGCGUCCGACAACCUCAAAUCCCGGAUCGGCGACGUGCUGGCGCAGUCGGCGGCCAUAGCCGAGCAGUCGAGGCAGAUCGCGGCGGCGCAGGCGGGGCUGAGGGAAGGGCAGGAGGAGAUGCGGGGCCGGAUCGACGCCGGCAUGGCGCGGGUGGAGGAGGAGUACGCGCGGCUGGGCGAGGAGAUGGUGAGGCUGAAGGAGGAGGCGGCGGGGAUCGAGCGGGAGGUCAGGGCCGUCGGCGACGCCAUGGCGGCGCGGAUGGAGGGCCUGCAGCGCACCGCGGAGGAGAUCGGGACCGCCGCCGGGCAGUCGCUGGAGAACCAGCGGGAGCUGCUGGAGGGGCAGGCGAACGCGACGCGGGCGCUCGGGGAGCUCCACGGCUUCCUGAGCCGGGCGCUGGAGGAGAGCAGGGAGGCGAUGCAGAGGCUGGCGCGGUUCGGGCGGCAGCAGCAGGAGGAGCUGCUGUCCCGGCAGGAGCAGCUCCGGCGCGCCCACGACCUCCUCAUGCGCAACUCGGAGUCGAUCCUCCAGGCCCAGGAGGAGUUCAGCGCGAAGCAGGCCAGCAUCUUCGCGGCGCUGGACAAGCUCUACGUGCUCCACAACGCCAUCCUCGUGGAGUCGCGCUUCAUCAAGGCCUUCGUCUUCUACAGCUGCGUCGUCUUCCUCCUCUACCUCCUCACCAGCGCCAAGCAGACCUUCGCCAUUAGAGGCCAGCUCUACUUCGGUCUGUGCAUCACGCUCGUGGUGGAGGUCGCGCUCAUCAGGCUGGGGGGCGCCGACGACGACCUCAGCAGGCCGUUCUGGGUCGUGUCCAAGGUGCUGCUGCUCCGGUCGGCGUUCCUCGCCGCCGCCGCCGCCCAGAUCCUGCACGCCAUCUUCGCCUUCAAGGAUUACGAGGUGCUGAACCAUGAGCUGCUCCAGACGCUGGUGGAGAAAGUCCGGGCGAUCGAAGACAACGCCGCCGGUGAGCUUUUCAUCCGCCGCAGUGAUGAUGAAAGUAGCCUCAGCGACUACUCGUGGGUCUUCGACGAGCUGCAGGACGACGUCGACAGCGAAGUCGACCCGGACUUCGUGCUCCGGGAAGAUGACAUCUGCAGGAAGGGCCACGGUUUCCGGGAAGAAAUCGGCGAAAACUCACUCUCAGCGCCGAUCGCCAUGAGGAGAUACAACCUUCGGGCACGCAUUACCCCACGGUGA